AUGAGCUGGAACCUCCGAUCUCCUGACAGCAAAGUCGGAACGAAUUAUCGGCGCUCCUUUACAAAAAUGUCUGACAUGUCUGAUGACUAUGCCAGCGACGAAAAGGUCGAAAUAGGCACGGCAAGCGUCGGAGUCUCGACCAAGGCAAAGAACCUCCAGCUUAUUACCUCCACCGCAGAAUCGGUUAAAUUUGCCCGCGAAAAAAACAAGCUCAAGAACCUCCAGAUUCUUCAAUCUGCUGGAGAGCCAGCUGACCUCACCCGCGAAGAAAAAGAGUUCAGGGAAAAGAACCUUCAGAUUGUUACCUCUACCGGAGAAGCGGUUAGAUUCGCCCGCCAGAAAAAUAAGGCCAAGAAAGGAAAUGCUGCGAUCGAGGCCGUUGCGGCAGGGAAAUCCAAGGAAGGCUCUGGCAAUGACGAUAAGGGAAAGGGAAAGGGGAAGGCGUGA